UAUCGCCAUGGCGCCUUACGAGUAGAGAAAGUAGGCAACCCGCACCACACCCGCAAGCAAGUAGGAACUACAGAGUAAGGGCAGCGUCUGCUGGAGUGUAAGUACAGCGUCUUCUGGAGUGUAAGUACGGCGUCUGCUGGCCUGUAAGUACAGUGACUACUGCAGUGUAAGUAAAGAGCGUCUGCUGGAGUGUAAGUAGAGUCUGCUGGCUUGUAAGUACAGGCGUGUGCUGGAGAGGAGAACGACUCCCGGUUUCGGAGAGGCGUCGGCGCCAUGGACGUGGUGCCCGCCGCCCUUGAACGACGCCGACGUGCAGAGUGGGGCCGCCGUGACGAGGGGCCAACGACCCGCCCCGCCCCGCCUGCAUGGUGGUAAUGUGUAUGCACCUCUCUCUUUUUACGUCUCUCUCUUGCUCUCCCGCUCAGGAUGCUGCCCUGGCCGGCCCCACCGUGUGCGGGGGACCCAUCCAUCGCUGGGCUGCCCGUCCAGUCCGCGGGGCCGCCUCUCCUCGAUCGCCGCGGGCGCUGCUGCAGACUGAUUCCGAAGAACGCUCAAGGGGAGCGACUCCAUGAGUGCGACAAGGACGGAGCUAUACGGAAGGUAUAGGAGAGCGCUCUUCGGAAUCAGUCGGCAGGCUGCAAGACGAUCGGCUCCCAUAGACGGCGCGCCAUGUCGGCGUCGGCGUGGCAGAGUAGCCACCAUCUCUGUCUCACUCACUCACUAACAACGCAUGCGCACCCGCUCACUUGUAUACAUUGUUUGCUCAAAACUAUGUCAUCUGAACUGGCCUCGUAAUAAAAUCGGCUACGAAUGGUGCAUCGCGGAGGGUACUUCCGCCCUAUCGAAGGCGGUUUUAUUGUUCAGUGAGAGCGUAACCGAGCGCACUAAUCGCUCACUCGUCGUACUUGGCGUAAUCACCCGGUUCUCUUAUCACCUGCCGGACGAGUGCCGUUCGGGCAGACGGGGCGCAGUCGCGGUCCUGGUGUCAUGGGCUUCCCGUCUGCACAUGGCAGUGUGCACGCCGCCGUCGGCCGCCACCGAGGCCACCGAUCCGGUGGACCGUGCCGUCUGGGCUAUCGCCGUCCGCCACGAUGACGGCGACGCGGACAGCGCGGACACCUGGAGCAACAGCACCUCGCCGUCGGGCCACGGCGGGGAGGCUGCCGUGGCCGAGGCCGCGAGCGCCCUGGGGGGCGUUGCGGUGGAGGGCUCCUCGGACGUGAAGAUCGGCGGCACGCACAUCCACGUAGCCGCCGGCAGCCGGGUGACCCUGGCCCUCCCCGCCGUGCAGCCGGCUGACGCCCGAGACCGGCCCCUCUUCCGGGGUGCGCUGCCGGCCAUCGUCCGGGACCACGACCUGCCCGUCGAGGAGCCGAGCGGUGGCCCCGGUCUCGUCGUAACCCCGGCCACCUCAAAGGGGUCGUGGGGUCCCAUUCGGUCAAAAAGGAUCCUGUGCUUCCUGUGCGCAGUAGUGUUUAGUGCGAUAAUUACAAUAACGACGUUAGCACUGUUCCUGGAAGGAGGUCAGUGUAAAAGUGCCUCACUAUCGCCAACUUCAAUCGGGACCUCGACUUCGACUGCAACCUCGACCUGGACCUCGGUACUGACAUCGACCUCGACGUCGAACUUUACCACGACCCCGACCUCGACCCCAACCUCAGCCUCAGCAUCCCCGUCGACUCCGAACUCAACGAUAUCCUCGACCACGACCCCAAUGUCGACCUGGACUCCGCCCUCCUCAUCCCCGACCCCGAUGUCGACCUGGACUCCGACCUCGCCGUUGACCUCGACAUCCAGCACGGGCACCAGCCCGGCCUCCAGCACGGAGACUUCAAGCAGCACCUUCCCCAUCCCCAGAGCCGAUUGGGGAGCAAGGGACGCGUCCGACUAUAUCGUUGAUCUCCCUCACCCGAUCCGCCUCAUCGUAGGCUGUCACGUGUUGGGGUGGGGUGACUGCGACACGGAGGCAGAGUGCGCCAACGUGGCGGGCCACAUGGACCGCCACAAGUACCCGGACAUCAUCUACAACUUCGUGGUCGGCGGCGACGGGUCCGUGUUCGAGGGCCGCGGCUGGUCCCUGCAGAGCGACCUGGGGUACUACAGCAAGCUGAGGGACAGCAUGAGCGUGGCCGUGAUCGGGGGCAGCUUCGACAGGAACUCGUGGCACGAACAGGGCUGCGUCCAGAGGCUCGUCGCCCUGGGCAAGCGCCUGGACGCACUGCACAAGGACGUGCGGUACUUCGACGGCGACGAAAUGUACCACGAGUGUACAAAUUUCUUGAUUGUUUGAUAAUUUUGAUAAUUUGUUUGCUUUGGGGUCAGAACAACUUUAAAGUUCUCAGAAAAUUUCCCGGGAUUUUUUGACUAGGGAAAGCGACAAGCGCCAACACGACAGUUUCUUACGAAGACAUUGUUUUCUAUCCUUUUUUUCUUUUUGUAUUGUGAUCGCUGAGAAUGAAGAUACUACUAUUGUUGUUAUUAAA